UGGAUUCCACGUGAAAAAAUUUAUUCCGUCGGGCCGCCACUCAACUCCGCCGCCGCCGCCCAUAAACCCUCAUUAAAUCUCUCUCGUUUUCUUCCAUUUCUUCUCUCCGUUUUCAAACCCCCUCCAAAAAUUAAAAAAAAAAGCCAAAAGAUUCCCUGAGCUUCACACGCUUUCGUGCAAAAAUGUAUUCAUGUGCUCCGCAUUUCGUCUCUUUGAAAUUCUCUGAUAUGUCUUCCCAUAUUCCUUUUUUCAUUUUUUUUUUGCAGAUUAUAAGCUCUAUUUGUUCGUCAAAGGCGGAUUUUAAAGUAUUUGCGGCUGCAUCAAACGUUAAUGAGGCGUCCAAUUAUAUACCAGCAGCUCCUAUUCUUCUCCCUGAUGGAGUGUGGAAGCAGAUUCCGGGGGGAGUUACCGCGGCUAAGGGAUUUAAAGCUGCCGGCUUAUAUGGUGGAUUACGCGCUAAAGGAGAAAAACCCGAUCUUGCGCUUGUCACUUGCGACGUCGAUGCCAAUGUUGCAGGAGCAUUUACUACAAAUGUGGUUGCAGCAGCACCGGUGGUGUACUGCAAAAAUGUGCUGAAUAGUACCAAAACGGCGCGUGCUGUGUUAAUAAAUGCUGGUCAGGCCAAUGCAGCAACGGGUGAUGCUGGUUACCAGGAUGUGAUAGAAUGCGCAAAUGCCCUUGCUACAAUCCUUCAAAUAAGGCCUGAGGAAGUGUUGAUUGAAUCCACUGGUGUGAUUGGUCAUAGAAUAAAGAAGGAAGCACUUUUGAGUUCACUUCCAAGGCUAGUUAAUUCGCUAUCACCAUCUAUUAAGGGGGCAGAUUCUGCUGCAGUGGCAAUUACCACAACUGACCUCGUUAGAAAGAGUGUUGCAAUUGAAUUUGAGGUUGGAGGGACAAGUAUAAGAGUUGGGGGAAUGGCAAAAGGUUCUGGGAUGAUCCACCCUAAUAUGGCAACCAUGCUUGGUGUAAUAACAACUGAUGCCCUAGUUGAAAGUGAUGUCUGGAGAAAGAUGGUUCAGGUUGCCGUAAGCCGCAGUUUCAACCAAAUCACUGUUGAUGGAGAUACCAGUACCAAUGAUACAGUCAUUGCUUUUGCUAGUGGGUUAGCUGGAUCAAAUUGGAUCACUUCUAUGAACAGUUACGAGGCUGCACUACUUCAAACUGGUCUUGAUGCAGUAAUGCAAGGUCUUGCCAAAUCAAUAGCUUGGGAUGGAGAAGGAGCUACGUGUUUAAUUGAGGUCACUGUAACUGGUGCAAAAGGAGAGGCUGUAGCAGGAAAGAUUGCACGCUCAGUGGCUGCUUCUUCACUUGUCAAGGCUGCUGUAUAUGGGAGAGACCCGAACUGGGGACGUAUAGCUGCUGCUGCUGGCUAUGCAGGGAUUUCUUUUGACUCAAACAACCUGCAGAUACUGCUUGGAGAUAUUAUGCUCAUGGAUGGCGGGCAACCACUUGAGUUCGACAGGGUGGCAGCCAGCAACUAUCUUAGUAAAGCUGGUGAGACACAUGGAACGGUGGAAAUUAAAAUUGUUGUUGGUGAUGGACCAGGCUAUGGUAAAGCAUGGGGGUGUGAUUUAAGUUACGACUACGUCAAAAUAAACGCAGAAUAUACAACAUAGAAGACAUUUUUACAUGGAAAGUUACAAUGCCCUGUUGCAUAGAAGACAUUGUGUGAUUUUAGACUCUUGCAAAAAGGCCAACAGCAAAAACGAAGAACCUGCGUGCAUAGUUAUGUUGCAAACUUAAUGGAUUUAGAAGGCAUGUUUCCUACAGGAAAUAUUAUGUAAGUUCACAAACUGAUAAAUAAUAAGCAUAAAACUCCAUUUCAUUCGCCAGUCUUGUCAUCAAGCACUAAUAAUAAUAUUCUAUUUACAAAGCAAAAGACAGUUCAGGUUCCCACACC